CAUAAAACAAGCCUCUAUAGGUACAGGCGAUCCCUCAAGCCAACUUGAGCCAGCACUCCGGAUUCUGACUGAACACUCAAAUAUGAAGCCUCAUUUGGAUAAUGGUAUGAACCAAAAUGGUAUAUAUUACAACACAGACUACUACCGACUCUACCUGGCAUUUGAUCAAUUCCAAAAGAUCUUUGCCCAACUCUUCCCACAGGAAAUUGGGACGGAUCUUGAGGCAGACCGGGAAGGAGAGGGAGAACGAGAUAGGGACAAGGAGAGGAAUGCGAAUAUGAAGGCCUAUCGGGUGUGGAUUGAACCACUCUUGACAGAAACCAACUGGGCAGCCUUUAGACGCAAUAUCGUCGUGGGAGAGCGUAUGGUGCAGCUGACGAAUGUGGUUGGACAAGGACUGGUGCUCAUGACAAAAGAACUGAGUGGGUCGAAACUUCAUUUGACAUUUACAAAUAACGAAUGGGAUGACUUUAUCAAUGGUCUCAUCGACCCAAACGACAUUCAAGAUCUCAAAGAGCUCCAAAGCAAGUUCUCGACAUGCUAUUGGUUUCGCAGUGAUGGUAAUAUUGUCACAGUUGAAGAGCGUGCUAGACUUCUUUCUGGCCAAUCAAACAUACCUCAUUCUCCAAAUUCUGAAUAGCACAGGCAUAUACUACUUAAUAAUAAUAAUAAUAAUAAUAAUAAUAAUAAUAAUGAUAAUAAAUAAGCAUUUUAG